AUGUUGGUGGUGGACGCGACAACAAUCAUGGAGGUGGUCAUCUCAAUGGUGGUGGAUAGUCGGUGCAACAACAAUGGUCUCAACUCCCUUGGUGGGCGUCAACGCAAAGAAUGGAGAGAUUUUAAGUAUCCAUCAAGAAACAUCAAGUUUGCUUACGGACUUGAGAGCCCUGAUUGUUCUGUGGGAAAAUAUGUCAGUACCAUUAAUUUGCCUCCAUUUUCAUCUGCCUCCAUACCUGAGCAUGAUAUGCAAAAGGAGCAACUUGGGGAGGCUGAGGCUCAGGAAUGCAGAGAUUUUGUGAUGAAUGUCGGAGGCUCUGUUUGGGCACUAGAUUGGUGUCCUCGGAUACAUGAAAAGCCUGAUUGUUCAAUUAAAUGUGAGUUUAUUGCUGUUGCUGCUCAUCCACCUGGUUCUUCUUAUCACAAGAUGGGUGCCCCACUUACUGGUAGAGGUGUCAUACAAAUAUGGUGUCUUCUAAAUAUCAGGGAACACAAUGACAAGUCAACACCAAAAACUAGGCCUAAAGGAAGACCUAGAAAAAAUCCAGCAGCGGUAGAUGAUAUGAAUUGUGAUAAAAAAGAUGGAGGCACAAAUGACAAAUCAACACAAAUAAAGAGGCCUAAAGGAAGACCUAUUAAAAAUCCAACAAAGACACCAUAUUUGUAUGACACCUCUACCAAAAUUGCUUGA